GCUGCACUUGAGUCGUUUUACCACAUCAGACAUGAAAGUUACUGUACAGCUGCAUUUGAGAGGCAGCCCCCAAAGGAGUGAGAGAUGGCAAACUAGCGGUUGUGUCUCUAGUAAGGACCAUAUGUCUGCCUAUGUUCAUUUUUAAAUGGGAAUCCUAUGAACAGUCAAGCAUUAAGAACUUCCAUGAUGGUGGCUGAAGAACUGUCUGUUGUGUCUGCUUCUCCCCAAGAAGAAGACUGCCCACUGCAAAGCCAAGAUGAAAGUGUCUUCACUUUUGAGAAGAUUGUAAAUGUCAUUGGUCACUUUGGAAGAUACCAACAGAUCCUUAUUUACUUGCUGUGCCUCCUGGCUAUCCCCAAUGGAUGGCACUCACUCUGCCAGGUAUUUGUGAGUGCCACCCCAGACUUCCAUUGUUCGGUCAGAUCAGAGGAGAUCCAGUUUGCUAUACAAGGAGUAAACAUUAGUGAAGAACAGCUGUGGAAUGCAACUCUGCCAAGAGAGGUUGGCGCUCAAGGAAUGGUGUCAUGGAGCCAAUGCCAAAAGUAUGACCUGGAGCAGGCAAGGGUCAACCUGUCGUUAGGCUUGGUGGACUGGAGCUGGUAUGUUAAUCAGAGAAACAACGGAAGCCAUCAGGUGGUCUCCUGUCAGUUUUGGUGGUAUGAUAAAUCAAGGUUCCUCAGCACCACGGUGACAGAAUGGGACAUUGUGUGUGAUCGACAUUGGUUACGACAACUCGAUACAACCUUUUAUAUGGCUGGGGCAAUCAUUGGAUCUUCAGGAAUGGGAUGGCUUGCAGACAUCUUUGGAAGAAAGAACAUUCUUCUGUGCAAUUUAUUCCUGAUGAUUCUUUGUUCCCUUCUGGCUGCUUUUUCCCCAGCCUUUUGGUUUUUUCUCAUAAUGCGUUUCCUCAUUGGAAUAUUCUGCCCUGGGGUGUACUCCAUCGCUUAUAUCUUAGGCAUGGAGUUUGUGGGAGCAAGUAAACGUCAUCUGAUUGGACUGAUAAUUGGCAUAUGUUUUAUCGUGGGCCACAUUACUUUGACUGGAAUGGCAUACGUGGUUAGAGAAUGGCGAAAGCUGCAGCUGUUCAUUGCUGUGCCUCCACUUGGGUGCCUUAUUUACUGCUGGUUCAUCCCAGAAUCUCCAAGAUGGUUAAUUCUGAAGAACAGAACUGUAGAGGCAGAAAAGAUCAUCAGGAAAGUGUCUCACAUUAACAAAGUUGGGUUGCCUAAGACUAUCAUCCUCAUAACUGAUUCAAAGAACAAGAGCAAAACCGUGAUACUCAGGAAGCACACACUUCUAGACUUACUGAAAACUCCCAAUCUGAGAAGAAACACCUUGACUGUGUUUAUAAGCUGGUUUUCCAUCAGCUGUGGUUAUUAUGGUCUAGCUUUAAACACCCAUAACCUGUCAGGUGAGCCCUACCUUAACUUCCUUCUGACAGGAUUGGUGGAAAUACCUGCAGCUGCCUUUUUCUUUGUGAUCGUGGACAGGCUGGGAAGGAAACGGAUCAUCCUGGGCACGGAAGUGUUGGCUGGUGUGACUUGUGUGGCUGUGGCAUUCAUUCCUGAUGCCUUUGGAUGGAUAAAUGUGACGCUCUGCUUGGUGGGACGUUUUUUCAUCUCUAUGGCUUUUGGUGUUAUGUACCUGUACUCAGCAGAAAUAUUUCCAACAGCUCUAAGGACCACAGGAAUUGGAUGUGCUCAGAUGUUUGGCAGACUUGGUGCCAUAGCCUGUCAAUGGGUAAUCCUUCUGGCCGACUUUUGGAGGCCAUCACCUUUUGUGACGUUUGGCAUCAUGUCAUUUGCAGCAGGAGUUACUUCUCUGUUUCUGCCAGAGACCCUUGGCCGAACAUUACCGGAGACCCUAGAGGAUGGCGAAAAAAUGGUGUAAAAAUAUCUCUGGAAUAGUCCAAAGUAGCAAAAUGUUUGGUGCUUUGAAUACUGAAAAAAACUGACCAUUGUUAAUGGUUACUCGUGAAUUUCCUUCUAAAAUAAUAAACAUGCCAUAAAAACAUUACAGGGCUGCAUGGACAGUACAAUACCAAUUUGUGAUCCUUAGGUGGUAGUCAUUGCAAAGGCAAGCACUGUGCAGACACCCCAGCUUUUUGUUGAGAGUACAACACAACUUGAGCUUCCUAACAGCAUCAUUGUAGUGAAUGUGA